AUGGACCCACAGCCGCGCCGCAGGUCGCCUCACGCCGCCAGCAGGUCGCCUAGUCGCGCUGCGCGUCCCAACGUCGCCACCAGCAGCGGUGGCGGCGGUUUCGAUGAAACCGUUAGCCGCGGCGACGGGGCUGCGCGCGAUGCGGACUUGACGCCCGCGCAGUUGGCGGAGAUGGCGGAGCGACGGCAGUUGGCGCAACUGAGGGAAUUGGAUGAUAUGGCGCUGGAGGAGGAGGGGGAGGACGAGGGGGAGGAGGAGGAGGGAGGGAGGGGAAGGGGCCGAGGGUGGCACAGGUCGAGAGGCGCACUGGGGGGCGGCUUGGCGGUGGGCGCGCGCGCGGGGAGCGCGGAGGGCAAGGCGAGCGAGAGGCGUGCAGCGGCGAGCGCGGAGUGGGCAAGUGGGGAGACAAGGGGAGGGGAGGCGGUGGAGGGGGUGGAAGGGGAGGGCGAGAAGGACGCGGAGGGGAGGAGGGCGACAGGGGGAGAUUCGGCUGAGGUAUGCUCGGAGAAGGCGUUAUGUGGUGAAAGGAGCGACGGAGGGAAGCAUGGCGUGGAGGAGGAGGGAGGGCUGGGGCCAGGUAGCAGCAGGCAUGGUGAUGACGUGGAGCCUGGAGAGGAGCAGGAGGGCGAGGAGGAGGGGGGGGAAGAUGUGGGAGAGGAGGGCGAGGUGGCGGGAGAGGAAGGCGAGGUAGCAGGCAGUUGUGAGGAGGGAGAGGGGGGAGAAGAGGGAGAGGAAGGAGAGGAAGAGGAGCAGAUGGGGGAGGGAAGCGACGAUGGAGAGGUGGAGGCGAGGGGCGGCGAGGAGGGAGCAGGGCGCAGGGCUGACUGUGUGCGGUGCAAUGAGGUGGGGCAGGGCAGUGGCGCGGUGCAGAGAGGCAUGGGCGAAGGAGAGAGGCAGGGGGGACGCGGCACAGCAGGGGUGAGGCGGCAGCAGCAGAGACAGAGGCGGCAAGUGGUGCGAGGAGAGGAGGGGGAAGGGGAGCGAAUGAGAGAGGAAGUGGAGGUUGUGGUGCGUGGGAGGGGCGGCGCAGGCCAGAGAGAGGAGGCGAGGGGGAUGGGGAGAGGCGCGCGGGAGGGGGCGGCGAGGGGAGGCGUGCAGGUGAGGGGAGGCGUGCAGGUGAGGGGAGGCGAGGUGGGGGCGGCAGAGAGAGCUCAGGUGCAGCAGAUACGCGCAGUGGAGGGGGAGGAGCUGGAGGAGGAGGAGGAGGAAGGGGACGAGGGGGAGGCGGGAGGGGCGGGGAGGAGUGCAAGUGAGCGGCGAAGGCGAGCGUCAUGGCGGGGCAGUGGGCGCGGCAGCAGCAGGGGCGCACAUGGGGGCGUGCAGGCAGGUGAAGGCAGGGGUGGAGAGAGGGGGGAGGGGGGAGCACAGCAGCACCUGCUGCAGGCGUCACAGCAAGGGGAUGAGGCAGGUGUGCGGGGCGGUGCAGCGGGCGGUGGAGGUGUUGGAAGGGGUGAUGGCGACGGUGGAGGAGGAGGAGCAGGUGGCGGGGGGGGUGCGGUGGCGGUGGUGGUGAGUGCGGUGGAGCGGCAGCAGAUCGAGCGCAUCCUGGCGAUCCAGGGGGAGGAGCUGGAGGAGGAGGACAUGGGCGAGGAGGACGAAGAGGGGGAGGAGGAGGAGAGGGGCCGGGCAGCAGGGGGCGAGGCGAGGCAGCAUGUGCUGAGCUCCAGCGACAGCGAUGACCCCAGGGGCGACGGAGACGUGUUGACAUUGAGGAUGCGAGGAGGACUCACAUUUGAUCCGGCCAUCACAUCGCUGCACACAUACCUUGGAGAGGGGGACGACAUCACGGGAGCACAGGCGUUUGCUGAGGGAGGCACCAUUCUUCGCCUGCCCAUGUUCUACCUCCAAGGCAUCGUGCUCUUCCCCGAGCAGACGCUGCCGCUGCGCGUGCAGCAGGCGCGAUUCAGAGCCGCCGUGACCCGCGCCAUGGGGGCCACUGGGCAGGCCGCCCACCUGCUGGGCGUGGUGCACGUGCACAUGGAUCCGCAUGGGUUUGACAUCCGAGUGGCAUCGGUGGGCACAACAGCAGAGAUCCGGCGGGUGAGGCAGCAGGAGGACGGCAGCAUGAGUGUGGUCACGAGGGGCCGCCAGCGCUUCCUCGUGCGCCGCGCCUGGAUGGACCCCGACGGCUCCUGUGUGUGCCGUGAUCCAUCGGUGUGGACGAGGCUCAUAAUACCAACUGCUGCUGCACUCAAGUGCACACCACCGUCCACCCUUGCCUAUUCACUCCCGUUUCCCUAUAGCUAUUGCUCUCUCUGUCUUUAUUCAGGCCCUUCCACACCUUCUGUUGUUCCUCACUGCCUUGUUGCUUAUGCUCCUUGUUCAUCAUCAUUCUCACCGGCCCCCCACCAUCUGCCCUUUCUCUCCCCCUCUCCUGACACACUCUAUAAAAAUCUCCCUUGGCUUAUUCCCAUUCCUUCCCAACCCUCCCCUCCCGUGUGCCAAGCUCUUGACAAGGCAGUUCGUGUUCCCCAAGCCGCCCUGCUCCCGCUGCCUGCCCCACCUGCGCCCCUGCGCGCCCCCCAUCACCCCGUGCAGCCGGCCGCAGAGGUGCAGAUUCUCGAGGACGCCACCCCGCUGCGCCUGCCACCUGGCGCCUUCUCCCGCUGCCGUGGCAUGCGGGCGGCAUCCUCCAGCUGCAUGCAAGAGGCGGUGGGCGGCAGGGGGAGAGAGGGGGCGAGGGGUGCAGAGCAGGGCGGUGAGGGCGGGGAGGAGGGCAGGGCCGUGGGGAUGGCGGACAGCGGCGAGCCGCAUGGGCACCGCACAGGGGCUGCUGCAGGGGAUGAUGGGCGUGGGGGGAGAGGAGCGCGGAUCAGGGGAGGACGUGGAGGGAUUGGAAGGAGAGGGAGUGAGGAGGACAGAGUGAGGCGACGGGAGGAGAGGAGGAGGGAGCUGGUGAGGAGGCUUAUAGAGCAAGGUGACCAUAUGGAGGGCGAGGAGGGAGGGUGGAUGGAUGAGGAGGAGGAGGAGGAAGAAGAAGGAGAGGAGGAAGAAGAAGGAGAGGAGGAGGAAGAGGAGGAAGACGAGGGUCAAGAGGAAGAAGACGACGAGGACGAGGAGGAUGAGGAGGAUGAGGAGGAGUCGCAAGGAAACGAUGGGGAAAGGGAGGGGCAGGUUAGGGAGGGGCGCAGGGGAGGGAGGCGGUGGUGGCAGCGAUGGGUGGCGCCCCUGAGGCACAGAGCGAGACGACGAGCGAGGGCGCGGGCGAGAGGGGGCCAGGAGCGCAGUGGAGAGGAGGCGAGUAGGGGAGGAGGAAGGGGGGCUGCUCGGGCUGACAGCGACGGCAGCGAGGCCCGGGGUGGUGGGGGCGAUGGAGAUGAGCGGAGAGAGGAGGGCGCGGACGCGCAGGGCGCGGAAGGAGUGCAAGGAGACGUGCGAGUGAGCAGACUCGUGGGGCUGUUUGGCGUGCGGGAGGGUGAAGCGAGGGCGGAUAGCAGAGGGAAUGAGGGAGAGGAGGAGGGGAGAGGGGGAGAUGGGAGGGGAGAUCACGGUAGCGCGAGCAGCAGGAGGAAGAGGUCAAGGUGGGAGGCGUGGGGAGGGGCGGCGGAGCGGUGGGCAAUGGAGGAGGUGCGGUGGAGGAGGAGGGCGGCGCGGGCGGCGUGGCCCCACUGGGUGUACCGCAUGUUCGAUGCCUUCAACCUGGCCAGGCGCGUGGCAGAUAUGUGUGGGCAGCUGCUACCAGCGCAGGCGCAGCAGCUGCAGGGCCUCACGCGGACGCCAGAGGCGCUGUCGUUCGUGGUGGCGGCCAACAUGCCCAUCAGCGACCGCCACCGCCACAACCUGCUGCAGGUGGGGUCGACGGUGUACCGGCUGCAGAAGCAGAUUCACCUGCUCGAGUGCAUCGACCACCUCCUCUGCUCCACCUGCCGGUGUCGGGUGGCGCGGCGCAGCGACAUGGUGUGCAUGAGCACGGAGGGCGCCAUUAGUGCCUUUGUGAACGCGCAUGGCUUCGUGCACGAGACGCUCACUCUCUCGCGCGCCAGAGGGCUCGUACUGGAGGGCAGCGCGGAGACCGAGAACAGCUGGUUCCCGGG